AUGGUGUCUGCUGUGGCUCUCUUUGGGGAUGGCAGAGUGAGAGGAAUGCUCCUAGUGCUGCUCUGCGUCUCCCACGCUUCUGCCAGUUGCGGCAUCCAGAACAUCAACAUUGUGGAAACUUCUGAGGAGGGGCUGGUCAAAGACAAAGAGUUCCCGUGGGUAGUGUCUCUGCAGGAUUCCCAGUACACCCACCUGGCUUUCGGUAGCAUCCUCAGUGAGUUCUGGAUCCUCAGCAUUGCAUCUGCUUUACAGAACAGGAAGAACGAUGUCACUAUAGUUGGUACAGCUAAGAUGGAAGCAAAACUGAUUCCUCACGAAGAAUAUCCAGUCAACACCAUCAUCAUCCAUGAGGAAUUUGAUAAUGAAACAAUGAAGAAUAACUUAGCCCUCCUGAAGACAGACACGGCAAUGCAUUUCAACGAUCUGGUCCGGCCCAUCUGCUUCCUUGGCAGGAAGCUGCAUAUGUUGCCAGCCUUGCAGAACUGCUGGGUGGCAGGAUGGAAUCCCACAUCUGCAACAGGAAAUCACAUGACAGUGAGUAUCCUGAGGAAAAUCUCCGUGAAAGACAUCGAACUGUGUCCCUUAAACAAAAUCCAGAAAACAGGAUGUGGCAAUCAUGUGGAGCAGGAAACUGACUCUGUCUGCUUGGGGGACCCAGGAAACCCAAUGAUGUGCCAGCUGAAGGAACUGAAUCUAUGGAUGCUGAAAGGAAUCCUGUCCCAUGGCAGUGAGCAAUGCCCCGGCCUGUUCCUGUACAUCAAUGUGGAAGACUACAGUGACUGGAUCACGUCUAAGACCAAGAGGACCAGCCCUCCCCUGUCGCCCUUCCGCCACUGGGAGAACCUGAUUCCCUUCCCCAGCUACUCAUCCCGAGCCGCCGUGACACAGAAAACACAUCCUGGGCUGGGCCAGGUUGGAUGGUCCCGAGUACACUUCCAAGGACAAAAAAGGGCCACCAUGCAUUCAUGGCUAGUAAAUGGCACUCGAGCGAGCCUAGACUUCAGGGAAAAGGGGCCGACGGAGUUGGGCACGUCUUCUGAGAUGGCCGCACAACCCGUGUUCUAUGACUACUAUGGUGGGGGAACUGGGGAGGUGGGGGAGAGCGAGUCUACUUCAGGUCAGAACAGGUUACAUCAACCCCAAGAAAUUAUCUUGUUUUUCUUUGUGCUUGUUUUCUUUUGUAAUGGUAUCUUAGUCUAGGAGCUAACCCUCCAAACUAAAGAGUAAGCUCAGAACGCUGAGUGCCAGGUAUUCACCAUGCUGUUUUGGUGUCUGUGACAGUUGCACAGCUGGGCUGCCACAGACAGGCCCACGGCACAGACUGGGCGGGCUACCCCUCCCCCACCCCCGACCCUCUGUCCCACUCCCACAUGCGGGAAGGUCACUUUCAUGUGUGCUUGUGAACUAAAUGUGGGCUAACAAGUGUCAAACCAUCAGAGUGCCCUGUGGUUUUUUCAGUGUUACUGGUUCCUGAGGCCAGACUGUGAAAAUAUUCCCCAGGGGCUGAUGUAGCCUGGGAGGUGACCGGCAGCCUGGCUGGAGAGCUGGGGGCACCAGCCAGCACGGGGGACAGUGAGAGGACCCUGAA